ACAUUUUCAUCACCACAACCACUCUAAGCUGCUAACCUGUUUUUCUUAGUAUUAUCCCUCUUUUCCUUCAGCUUCCACUUUGAGGAGCCAUGGAGGUUGAAAAUUACCCAACAAGAGAUCAUCAUCAUCAUCCCCACCACUUAUCCCACUUGAAUGUUCAUCACCACCACAAAAUCAUCUCAUCAUCAUCAACUAAAGACUUAACCUUCGAAAUCAAAGUUACUUAUAUGCGAAUUAUAAGUUCAUCAAUUUCAAACAUAAUGAAGAAAACUAGUAGUACUAGUUCUAGUUCAUCUAUGAACCUUGUUUUCUUACCAAGAGAACUUCAUUCUUGUUUGCAAAUCAAUGGUUUGAAAAUAAAUCCAAGUGAUAAAAUCUCAAGACCAUUGAACAAACAUAGGUCAGAUUCAUUAAUGUCUGAAUUAAUGUAUGUCAACACUGAUAGAAUCAAAUUCAAAGGGUUUUCACUUCCUUUUGAAAUAGUUCUUCAACAUCAAGAAGCUGCAUCUACUAGUAGUAGUAGUGUGGUUGUUUCAGGGAGUUUGAGAAGAAAAGUUAGUGGGAUGAAAGAUGAUUGCAUGUGGGUAAUGGAAUGCAAAGAAUUAAGUAAUGACAGUAAGUUAACUAGUGGUGGUGGUGGUUCAGUAGAUGUUUAUUUUGCUGGCAGGAGUUUAGGUAAACCUCUUCUUUUGAAUGGGUUGGUAGAGUUGAAGAACUCAUACAAAGAGUUGGAUUUUCUUGAAGAUGAAUUUCAAGAUGGUGGUGAAUUAGGACUUCUUGAUACUUCUUCUAAGGAAAAAGUGGGAGAAAAGGCCAUUCAAGAAUUUGUUGAUGCACACAAAUACAACAACAACAAACAUCAUGAUCAUCAAAAUCAUUACGGUGAAGAGGAGAAAUUUGUUGUUGAAGAGGAAGAGGAAGAAGUUUCAUGGUUUAAUCAAGGUGUGAGAGUGGGAAUAGGAUUAGGUAUGGGUAUGUGUUUAGGUGUUGGAGUCGGAUUAGGUUUAGUUGUUAAAACUUACAAGAAGACUAGUGGUACUUUUACUAAGUUUUUGUUUAGAGGAUAAUGUGAUCAAGCUUAAAGUUUUAUUUACUAAC